GGAAAUACAACAGUGAAAAAAAUAUUAGUUGACAUAUAAUUUGGGUCUUUAAGCCUCUACUAUUCACUCUCCGCUGCAAUAUCCGGCUGCGAUAUCCGUCUUAUUCAUCUGAGAUCAGUCUCUCUCCCGCCACCGCUAUGCUGCGCGCCCUAAGCCGCACGCCUGCGGUGUAUUUUAGACACGACCGCCGGUUUCAACAUUCCGCUACCGCUCCGCUAGUCAAAGAAGCCGGACUCUAUGGAUUCGACCACUUGAAAACUGCCAAAGGAUUCCAACGCAUGGUCGACGACGCGGUUGAACGGUCUAAUGAACUUGUUAAUUAUAUUGCUGGAAUGCCUUCAGCUCCUGAAAUUAUCAAAGCCAUGGAUGAAAUAUCUGAUGCGGCUUAUGAACAUUGCACGGUUUUGGAGGUUUGCACAGUGAUAGACUCUGCAGAACUGUGUAGGCAUACUCAUCCUGAUAGGGAAUUUGUCCAGGAGGCAAGCAAGGCAUCUCUGCGUUUAAAUGAAUAUCUACAUUAUCUUAACUCAAAUCCUAGUUUAUACAAUGCAAUUAUAAGAGCUGAACAAAAUCAGCACUUACUUACUGACGAAGCUCUAAGGGCUGCCCGUCAUCUACGCACUGAUUUAGAGAAGGGUGGAAUUCAUCUCAGCCCUGAAAAAUUGGAUCGAGUAAAUCAGCUUAAUAUCGACAUACUCCAACUUUGCAGAGAGUUCAAUGAAAAUAUCAUCGCUGACCCAGGUCAUGUUGAUAUAUUUCCUGCUUCACGCAUCCCAAAACAAUUACACCAUCUUACUAAGGCCAUCUAUCGCCCUUCUUCGUUUGCACCAAAGACAUCUGUAGGAAUAGGCCCUAAUAUGAAAGAGAAAGGAUUGCGUCUCACGACAGAACCUAACUGUCUGUGUUCAAUUUUGCAGUUGGCAUCUGACACUGAGGUUAGAAAACUGGCAUACAUUGCUGGAAAUUCUGUACCACGUGCAAACCUUGUAGUCCUUGAUAAGCUUCUUUCAGCACGUCACGAGCUUUCUGAGGUCCUGGGUCAUAAAACUUAUUCUGAAUUUGCUUUGAAGGGGAAUAUGGCUUCAUCACCUGAAGUUGUUCUAUCUUUUCUGCAUGAAAUGAGUAAAAUGGUCAGGCCCAAGGCUGAGGAGGAGUUCAAGAAGAUUUUGGAUUUUAAGAGGGGAAGAAUUGGCCAAUCAGUUGAAGACUUGGGGCCAUGGGAUGAGGCAUAUUUCACAAGAAUAAUGAAGUCCCAUGCUCACAAUCUGGAUUAUUCAGUUGUCGCAUCUUAUUUUUCUUUGCCACAAUGUAUUGAGGGCUUAAAAUUGCUGGCUGAGUCACUAUUUGGUGUGAAAUUUCGUGAGAUUCCUCUUUUCCCUGGUGAAUCAUGGCAUCCAGAUGUUCUGAAACUAUCUCUGCAUCAUCCUGAUGAGGGGGACUUAGGGUGUUUGUACCUUGAUUUGAAAUCAAGAAUGGGAAAACAUCCUAUUUGUGCACAUUUUGCUAUCAAAGGGGGGCGUAGAAUCUCGGAUACAGACUACCAAUUACCAGUUGUAGCCCUAGUUUGCAAUUUUUCGGGCUCAAAUUUCCAGUCAGUGAGUCUUCAUCAUUCUGAGGUAGAAACUCUAUUUCAUGAGUUUGGACAUGCGCUUCACUCGUUGCUUUCAAGAACGGAUUACCAACAUUUUUCAGGAACCAGGGUGGCGCUUGAUUUUGCUGAAACACCUUCAAAUCUCCUUGAGUACUAUGCAUGGGAUUAUCGGUUCUUGAGGACAUUUUCCAAGCAUUGUUCAACUGGUGAUCCAAUACCAGAAAACUUGAUAAAAUCACUACUCGGAGCCAAAAAUAUGUUUGCUGCGACUGAGUUGCAACGCCAGGUCUUCUAUGCGUUGGUUGAUCAAGAACUUCAUACGCAGCUGCCAUCCUCAUAUAAAGACUCAAUUUCUAUAGUAGCAGAUUUGAAAAGAGAGCAUAUGAGUUGGGGGUACGUGGAAGGGACACAUUGGCAUACCCGAUUCAGUCAUCUUGUUAGUUAUGGUGCAGGCUACUACAGCUACUUAUUUGCGAAAUGCUUUGCUGCAACAAUAUGGCAAAAAGUAUUACAUGAAGACCCCCUGUCGCGAGGUGCAGGGUCUGCCCUUAGGUUUAAAUUAUUGCAGCAUGGUGGAGCCAAAGAUCCAGCCAUCAUAUUGAAUGAUCUUGUUGGAGAUGGUGCGAUCAGAAAUCAGAAUGGAGGAAUCAUUCCUGACAUUACUAGUCUGGGCAAGGAGCUGAAACUAUUCGACUAGAGCUUGCAAUGCUGAGAGACGGGAAAAACGAUUUUUGAGUGAGGCGAACAAUUUCAACGGAUUAAUUUGGGGUGUUGAAUUGGCCUUAGAAGAAGUGUCGACCAGCGAGCAUGUGGCAGUGUUGCCGUAUCUGGGAUCGGAGGCUUGGGGACAGGAAUGCUGUUAGAUUGAUUCUGUUGUAUCAGCUUUGUAUCUGUAGAUUAAUGUAAUUUAUUCUUUUCUUAACUAUAUUCAUCAUUCGUUAUUGUCUUAAAUGGACAGUAUACAAAAACUUGAAAUCCGAAAUUGCUACUAGAUAUAGCGCGACAUUUACUUCAAAAAUUGUAUCGCUAGCUUUUUCUUAUUCUGGUCAUAAGUCACGCAGCAAGCCUGACAUGUAGGGUCAUGCCUAUCAGGAUUUAAAUACAGUUUGAUUAAACAUGGAAAAAGGUUCAAAUUGUAAAUUUAUGUGUAUCGUCAAAAGUAAAUACUUCUCCCUUUUUUA